AUGAAUUCAGAUCUCAUCCCGUAUGAUCUCAUGAUCGAGAUUUUCUCGAGACUGCCUUCAAAGUCAAUCGCGAGGUUUCAUUGCGUGUCGAAGCAAUGGGGUUCCAUGUUUCACCAUCCAGAUUUCACCAACUUGUUCCUAGAAUUUGGAUCUCUAGCAAUCAUGAACUCAGAUUUCAUCCCCUAUGAUCUCAUGAUCGAUAUAUUCUCCAGACUGCCUAAAAAAUCUAUCGCUAGGUUUCAUUGCGUGUCGAAGCAAUGGGGUUCCAUGUUUCACAGUCAAGAUUUCACCAAGUUGUUCUUGGCAAGAUCAUCGGCUCGUCCACGUCUCUUAUUUGCGGUCAAAGGAUACAACGAGUGGAGCUUUUACUCGUCGCCUCAGCGUCAGAAUCCAUACGAGAAGUCUUCGUCGUCUCAUGAAGUUGUGUCAAAUUCGGGUUAA